AUGACAGGGAGUAUACAAUGGCGGACGUUCAGCGUUAUGUUAUGGAUCUGUGGUGUGAUAUCUAGUGAUCCGGAAUUCGUGGCCCCCGUGAAUCCGUGCCGGACCCAGGACGUCAUCUGCCCUCUGACCUGUAACCUUAUGAAGAUGUCCGGGUCAACUAACUGCGAAUUUUGUUUCUGCACAAAUCCUAUAGAUUCAGUAGCAUGGCCAGAUACAACAACAAUUACAUCAACGACUGCCUCAACGACGACCACCCUGCCCCCUGGGCACUUUAUUGUAAACAACAUUCAUUACGUGGAACUGAGAAAUCCGUGUAUACUUUCUAAUGCCAUGUGUCCCACGACAUGUAUCAGAAGAAACGUGACACUUUCGUCCGGCAGAACGUGCGAGAGAUGUGAAUGUCCGGAUAUACACUCAAGACCAGAUAGUCCGCAGUCUGCCUUGAUUGGGAGGCGAGAAUGGUCUAAAGCAUCUUUGUUAACAGAAAAAAUUUGGAAGGAAGAUCAAGUGCGCUUGGUUAGACAACAUAUGCAACGACAUCCAGGCCCUGAAAUGAUGCCACAUGCGUUUUGGAACAGACCGUGUAUGCCUUUUUUCACCUGUCCUAUUUUCACCUGUCCACCUGGACAACACAUGCCCGUGACUCCGAGUGGAUGUCGGAUGUGUCAGUGUGUUAUUACACAGGCCUCCAAUGCAGCUGCUGUUACGCCAAUUACGGACCAACCUUCCACUACAUCGGAAACCACGGAACCACCUACAACAAUAGAUCCGGCGAGCUUCCUAGAAAUGUUUUGCUUGCCUAAAGCGGAUUAUUGUCCAUCCGCAUGCCACGUGACCAAUUACAGAGUGGGAUCAUGGGACUGUUACCAUUGUUCUUGUCCUGAAGGUCAAACGUUCAUAGCGCUACAGAAGCCAUGUGACGAAAACUCGUACGUGUGUCCUUCAAAUUGCUCAAUUAGGAACGAGGAAGACUUCUCCGGUCCAACGACAUCAUGUCAGAUAUGCGACUGCAAGAAAUCGUCAUCAGCACCUCAAAGGAGAAGAAAAUUUCUUUUUGGUCCAUCGCAUAACUCUCAUGUUGCCUAUUCCGGACCUGUUCAGGGUGGAAACGUAUUUGACAUGAGUCAGAGCAUCCCUUUUGGAUUUAAUCCUUCCCAAGGCCAUAUAUACGGAACAUCCAGUCAGGGCCCUGUACAUUACCACGUUGAUUUACCGACGACGACGGUAGAGCAGGCACAUACCAUUGCCCCUGUGAUUAACUGUCUGACGGACGCUGACGAUUGCCCAACAGAAAUAUGUAAUCUGAGAACCAUUGGGUUACACUGUCACCUAUGUCAGUGCGGAAGUAUGUAUUUCCGAGACUCCGAUGUUGGAAAAUUUGGAAUUCUUAACACAAGACCUUCCACUGAAAUAACCAAAACAACCUUAGUGUCGAUUCUUUCGACGAUGCAGCCACCCUCUACUACUUCUGCCGAAAAAAUAACAACGGCAGUGCUCUCUUCUGAUCUCUCAACGACACCUGCGCCCUCUGUCGCUGUCUCCUCCACGCAAAUGCCUUUCACUUCCAUUACAACAUCCCCUGUGCCUAGUGUUGUAGAUCCAGUAUCACAGACAAUCACGACGAGUCAAACAUUUUCAGCGACAUCGGAAAUAGCAUAUACGUCUUGCUACUCAUGUAAUGAGACUGACUGUAAAGCAGAUGGAUUGAAGACAUGCGCAGUAGGAAAGAACUACUGUAUGAACACCAUCAUUCAGAAACGCAAUGGUGCUCGGGAGUUCAGUCGAGAAUGUGUUGGCGAGGAAGAAUGCUACGAUAAAUGGUGGAUUCAGAGUAUGAAUAAUCCAGUGUGCCUUGACAUGUAUAAUAAUGAAAAGGGACCUUCAAACCAACCGGUAGUGUGUCAUUUUUGUUGCAAGGGGCCCUCGUGUAAUCAUGCGGCCCGAAUAGAGGAUUAUAAGUUGUAUACCGGAAGUGAUCACGUGAUAGGUUGA